AUGAGCACCAUACACGCGACGCACGAUGGGUGGUCGCUUCCGCGCGAGAUCGUGUUCAAGAUCAUCGACCACAUUGCAGAUGAGCGGCGACGCAGGCCUCGUGGGUCUGCGGAACAGUAUACCGACUUUCCAUGCACGCUGGUUCUCAGAAACCUUGCCUUAACAUGCCGAUCGUUAUCCGACUACUGCCAUCCAAUCAUUUUCGCCGAAAUCACCGUCCGCGACCGAGAGCGUCCAGGGAGCGAUCAAUUUGCUUUCACCACCAAGCGUUGGGCAAAGUUGUUGGACCACUCGCAUGGAGUAGCCCGUCGCGUCAAUAGCCUGGUUAUAAGCAUUGGCAGCAGGGACUCGAUCGAGCCCUUGCAAUCAUGGUCAUCGAGCAGACGCAAGUGGAACCGACUCACGCGACGGUACUCGCUGGAAGCAGCGCGGAAAGCAUUCUUGAAGGCCGUCCAACAGGAUUACCCUUGCUUGGAGCAAUUGAACAUCCAGGUCGUGGCUCCGUGGCCAGCGCUACUCGCGGAGGUACAAGAAGGCAUUAUGAAGCUGCUAAGAACCUCGACUUUGAGCAGACUCAAGCUUGACUUGAGCGACUUCCCUCUAGAGCGAUUGAGGCUCUGCUGCAAUAUUCAGCAGCUCAUGCUUACGACGCACCUCCGACACCAUCCCUUCCCCAGACCGGUACCCACAGGUGAAGAGAGCCCAGGGUUCCGACUCGAGCUAAAAGGCCUGUACCUUUUUGGUGGCUAUGUGUCGGGAGAUGCGUUGGAAGGAAUGAUCUCGGAAUCAUCUCCACUCAAUCUGACGGAGUGCAACCACAUUCGACUCCCCAUCGACUUUAUGUCGUCGUUUUCAUCUAUUCAUGCGAAGUUCCUUGAACACGCCCCCAGAUUAACCACCUUGGAUUUAAUAUUCCGAAAGCCGAAGGAUCAGCCUCGAUUACCUUCCCUGCAAGUGCCGCUCAAUCUCGCCACCCUCCCCGCCCUCGAGGUUCUCAGUAUCACGGUAGAAAAUCCUACCGAAGAGCUCCAUUCGGUCUGCCACUGGCUUUCCUGUUCAGCUGGAACAAUUCCUGCCACCUCUCCGAGCGAACCGCCAAAGAUAAAGCUGUGCCUACGGGCCACUGGGAAGGAUGUUGGGGAGGAUAACACACUCGAGGGACAGGAUGCAUUGGAGAGAUUCUAUCGGGACGUGUGGUCUGGACUGCUGGGUAGGGCCGAGAGUGACUAUCCUGGCUUCAGGGCGCUAACCAUAUAUGGGCGGGGUUGGGUGAGCACGGAAGAGGUAAUUCGACUUGGUCGCCUUCCUCCCGGGUAA